AUGAGAUGGAACGCCGACGAAGAACUUACAGCAUCUGGCGUGACCGUUGCCUGUGCUAAGUUUGCCGCUUGGCUUCUCGGCGAGCUUUGCAUCCCGCCAGGCUGGGCUAUUCACUUUGGGGAUCCCGAUCUGUUCUCUAGAGCUGUGGCUGCCGAACACAAACAGACAGCACCGGCUUCGGUGAACCUCAGACUCGAUUUUACCUGCGCUAUACAGCUUGUUCAUCAACUCCGGGACCUUUCUUUCCUUGUUCAAGAGCCGGAAGACAUACUCCUGCUGUGCGACAAGAAAUUCUAUACAAUGCCCAGCAUAGCAAUGACACCGCUCAAAGUGUUCAAAGCUGCUCUGCUUGAGCCGUCAAAAUGGCAAGGAAACAGUUCCUCCAGAGACGAUGAUUGCUGGAUCGGGAAAAUACAUGAUUCAGCACAGCAAAUAAGCAGCCAGAACCAGCACUUGUGGAUGGACACAAUGGAGGCUCGGCCCCAGUUUCCGCGCCGUCCAGCCUUUGGGUUGGGUGUUGGGAACGACAUAUUCGAACCCAGAAUGACAAUGGAAGGGGGCCUCCAUGCUCGGCAGAAUCUCACAGAUCUCUUCCUCAUGGAGGGCGGUGCGUGUGAGAUUUGCCACCACCAAAAUAGCCUGUCAGCCUACUUUGCAGACAUGAUGGGCAAUCUGAAGCAGGAGCCCACUAUGUUCGACAUACUAUGCAACAGAAGACGAGAUGUGAUAUCUCUCGAACUUACAUGUGCCGAUUCUCGGACAAAGAUAUCUCACAUUAGUCUCGUCAACGAGGUUCUGGAAUCACAUAUCCGCUACCAAGCCGACAAGGACUCUCCGACCAAAUUCCAGGUCGCUAGCUGGCAGCCCUCAAUCCCUACAGACAUCGUGUGCCAUGGUGAUGCACAGGCAGUUCCAACCUACCGUGACACGGGCAACACCGACGAGUUUGUGUAUGACAAGGUGAUAUCUCAGUAG